UGUUUUGAAAUAGAUUUACAAAACUAAAAUUUAACUUGGCCUUAUGAUAUGUGCAUGAAUAGUUGUCCACGUCUUUUUCCUGCUGAAUUUGCAGUUUUAUUUUACAUCGAGUAUUUUGAUUCAAAGACGGGUCCGGGUGAAGAUAUUCUAAAAUUGUUUUGAAGAUAUUCUUCUAAACCUUAAGGAGGAAAAGGGAAUGGCAUCUCAACGUAACCUGAAAGUUACCGUCGUCGUUCUCGUUACUUACUCAUUGUUACAACUUCAGUUGAUGCAAAGUAAAGACAAGAUGUCGGCGUCUUCUAUACAACACUUACGUAACCAUGAACUACUGACCGCGGCAUCAAGCGUUAACAAGGAUACCAAAGAACAGCAUUUGGACUCUACCACCAUGAGUGUGCCAGUACAGAGAAGCCAAUGUGGAAGCAAUGUCACAUUACUUCUAGGACACCAAAGACAAAAUCGAGGUUUUCUCACCAUAGGCCUAUGUACAGUACCAAGAUCUAAAGCUUCAUACCUUAAAGAUACACUUCAUUCAUUAGUAACAAGAAUGUCAGAGGCCGACAAGAAAAGGGUAGUAAUCGUUGUGUUUAUGGGUUAUCAUAAUGAAUCAAUAACUGAAGAAACUCUACGAAUGAUUAAAAGCAACUUCAAUCACACCUUGGAAACGGGAGGGUUACAAGUUGUGCAACCGGAUAUAAGCAUCUAUCCGAACUUAAGCAAAAUAACAAGAAGAACAUUCAAUGAUACGCUUCAACGUGUCCAUUGGAGAACAAAACAAAACAUUGACUUCGCCUACUUGUUUGGAUAUUGUGAGGGGAUUUCCGAUUAUUACCUGCACGUCGAAGAUGACGUUGUUGCCGCCACUGGUUACAUUUCAGAUAUUGAGACGUCACUCUCCAACCAAAAAAGAUUACACAAUCAGUGGUUUGUUUUAGAAUUCGCUGGUGGUUUCUUUGGAAAACUAUUCAGAUCAAGUGACUUAUGUAUGAUGAAAACAUAUCUGUUACUCUUUCAAGUCGAAAAACCAGGUGAUUGGCUACUUGCAGAUUUAAAAAAUAUUAAAUUACAUGAUUCUAAGAAAGUCAAACAUGGAAAGAGACUGUUCAAACAUUUAGGAAGGUAUUCAUCUUUAGAAGGUAAGAUUGUUAAGAUAGAGAAUAAAACUGCGAUAAAAGUCAUUACCGGGAGAUUUUGAGUUUAACAUCAAAUCCAGAUGCAAUAAUUGAGACAUCAAUGAAAACAUUAAACUUAUCUUAAACUUUAAAAUGCUAAUUAAAUCAAUAAUGCUGUCUUGGGCAACAUUGCCACAUGUUAGUGACUAUUACAGAGUAAUAUUGAAAUCACCAGUGUUGACCUAAUGAGUAACAAUUCAGUCAGGGGCACCGGUUACAGGAAAUUAUCGGUUAGAAUUCGCUCAAAUUUUCAUUAAUAGAAAUUUUACUCGUGGCGGAAUGUGUAGAAAACAAAUGCCUCUUGGGAAGCUAUCAUAUGGUGUUAUUUGAACACAAGUUCUUGGUACCAGAAAAAAAUGUUUGGAAAUCCUCGUGACACAGAGACAAAACCACCUCAAAUAGAAAUAGAAACUUGAUUUGGUGGUAUCAAAUAUUUAAGAUACCGCCGGACGAGCAGACGGAAUGAUAUGAAGUUCGCACUUAAGAAGUCAAUGCCUGAAAAAUUGAUGCAUUAAUAUAACAAAAGCGCGGGACUUUGGACUUUUAAAGUAGUGAACGAUCAAUCCAAAAUAAAUUGCAAAUGAAAACUUUUAUAAAUAUUUUAUGCAAACGCCGUAAUAUGAAUGUGCCUCAUCGUAAAUCUUUACAGUGCCUGUGCCUUAGCAAAAGUUGUUGCAUUGUAACUAGAAAAAAACAGUUGUGCGAUGAGAAGGCGAAUAUCACAGUGGACAGGUCCAUAAAUUUGGAUACUUACUGAUAUCAUCAUACAGUAUGUUUUUAUGGCUACAUUAAAAAGCAAUGUGUAUGUAUCUAAAAACAUAUUAUGCCAGAAUUUUUAUUCUGACAGACGACCUACUUAUAUUAACUAUUAUCAUACAGUAUGUUUUCUAUGGCUACACAAAAAGGCAAUGUGUAUGUAUCUAAAAAAUAGUAUGCCAACUAUUCAUCUACAUUAGACUAUCUAAAACGAUAUAAUGUUUAGAGUAUGAAACUUAAGUAUUGUAUGUAGAUAAGUAAGUUGAAAUCUAAAGUAAUGAUACAGUGUUAUAUGGAUGGAAAACAAGUUUGUUUAUAAGAUAAGAGGAUCACUUUAUGCAGUGAAUAUUAUACAGUUAUUGACUUGUGUUUGAGGUCAGUAUAUGUUUUUCCGGACCUCGGUCAGUAUCAUUUUACAGGUCCGUAAAAAACACAUAUAUUUAAUUUCUACGGACCUCAAAUUGACCAGAUACCGACCAGGGAGAGAAGUUGAAUUUUCACACCAUUAAUAAGAAUCGCUUUACUAUAUGUAUUCAGUUUGAUAAUGUUGCAUUUACUCCCUUAGAUACAAAGAAUGUGGGGAUUAUAUUUAGUAUUGCACGUCCGUCUGUCCGUCAGUUGUGUCCGCUUCUCAUUUGCUGAGGUUUUCAUAAAAUAAGCACAAAUUGUUACCCUCACCGUGUCACACCUUAAGAUCAAAAAUCAAAUAGUUUAGCUUAGCACCUCUCCAUAUUGUCUAAACCGUUGGACGAUCUUCAACUAACAUCAAUUAUUUAGAUCACCAAGAAGAGUGUACAACUCGGGUCACUUGGUCCAAAGAAAAAGUCAAACUUGGAGGUCUGAAUUCAAAUAUCUGAAUAGUGUGUUUGCUGCAUUUUAAUAAUUUUUAAAAUUAGCUAUCAGUUGUUUACCCCACAAAGGCGAUGUGCAGAAAGCACAACACGUGGUCAAGCUCACACUUGAAUAUCUUAUAUUCGUGCGAGUACAGUAGUUUUCAACCGGCUGGGAAACUUUUCAUAAAAUUAGCAAUGAUAAGUGCACGACGCACAGCUCGGGACACUAGGUCGAAGGCAAUGGUUAAACAUGAAGUUCACAUGUCGGUCAGAUUAAUUCAUGUCCACUCAUUAUUGUCUAAACUGCUCGAAAGAUUUUUAUACGCAUGUCUCUGAAAGAGCGGGGCGUAUUAUGUGGACACCCGUAGCGGGCGGGCGGUAGGCAUCCAAAGGCAUAUCCGCUCCCUAAGUCGAACAAUUUUCAUCCGAUUAUCACCAAGUUUUCUAACGAUGUUUGUGGGCAUAAUAUCUCGGCCAAGUUCGAUAACCACUCAAAUCGCACUAAGCACUCUUUGAAUUUUGCCCUUGAGUUACUCCAAAAACUGCGAAUUUAGCCUUGUCCGCUCUCUAAGUCGAAAAGUUUUCAUCCGAUCUGCACUAAACUUGCUGACAAUUUUUGUGGGUAUAAUAUCUCGGCAAAAUUUGAUAACCACCCAAAUCUUUUCAGAUACUCUUGGAUUAUGGCCCUUGAAUUACUCAAAAACUGCAAAUUUAGCCUUGUCUGCCCUUUGAGUCGAACAGUUUUCAUCCGAUCUUCACCGAACUUAGUGACAAUGUUUUGGAGCACAAUAUCUCGGCAAAGAUCGACAACCAUCCAAAUCGCCUCAUACACUCUUGGAUUAUGACCCUUGAAUUACUCGAACUCUGCGAAAUAAGCCUUGUCCGUUCAAACAGUUUUGAUCCGAUUGUCGAUUUCACCCAACAUGGAACCUCACAAAUACAUUGGUUCCUUCUUACUCCUUUUUUGGGUUAACAAUGGAUAACACAUCAACAUUAUUUCCUUUAUGGUACGUAACUAAAUAUUUAGACGGACGUAUUUUGUGACAGACUAGCGAUCUUGUUAUAAAACUAACAUCAUUUGUUAACCUCAUAAAACAACGUGUAGAGCACUCGGUCCGGCUCACUAAGUCAAGAUGAAGGUCAUACUUAAAGGUCAAAAUCGAAUAGCUUAAAUUCUUGUUGUACCAUAGCUUCUAAACUACUAGAAUGCAUUUCAUAACAUUAGCAACACUCGUUAUCCUCAUCCAGACGAUAUGCAGACUGCAUAACCCAGGGCAUUAGGUCCAAGGUCAAGGUAACACUCACAGCUCAAAGGUAAGAUUUCCCACUCCAUACCUUCUUAAAGAGUUGAUUGAUGUUUGAAAUACUGAACAGCAUCAAAAAUUUUCGAAAGAAAAAGUUGUUUCACAUGAAAAUUGAACAGCAUAUAAAACAUCUGUCUCAUUAAUAAAAAGAUUGUAAACUUC